UAUUUACUUUUAACGCUCUCCCUCUUUCCAACGAGCGAUAAAUGGGAAGGAAGGGAUCGAUCGUGUUCCUUCGUUCCUUCGUUCCCUCUGUCCCUCGUUCCUCCCCCUCUUGGUCCUCCUUGGUCGAGAUAUCCUACAUUUGAGGAAGGGCAACAGUACCAAUCCGACAACCUCUCUUGACGUGCUUAGCUGGCGCCCAAGGAGCCAGAAGGGGAAGGUUCCCCACCCUCCAUGUUCGUUUGUCCUCGCUCUACCAUUCUUGUGGAUCUCUGUCAUCUUGUCGGCAGGCCUUCUCCCAACCACCGACCCAACCAUUGAGCAUCAUUCUUAAGACCUUCUGGCCUGCGCUCUUCACCUCUCUCCAAUCUCAAGUCAAGAGCGAAAAAGGGCGAGUGCGCGGCCUGAGGGCCCUCUUUUCGGCUUCUUCUUUGGUCCAUUUUCUUGCUCGUCCGUCGGUUCCUCCGCGGCCUCCUUCGCGAGUGCUUUCGAGGCUUCGAAGGCCUCCUUUUCUUUCGGCGAAGCGAACUAGACACAAAGCCUGGUCUUUCUGUUCGUCGGAGGCAGAGGGACACUCACUGAAGUGCCAGUGUGUGAGCACAGACACGCACUCACGUACUCGGUCAUUUCGGCACGCACCCGCACUCUCGGAGAGCCGAUAUCGUUCGUGCUUGUACUGUUGAGCCACGCACGAUUGUAGUAUACUACAGGAUACUUACUAGUGCUCUUCUAGCUUGUGCAUGCGAACGUGCGUGCACAUACACACACGCACACGCACAGGAUUUGGCUGUCUCUCGUUGCCUUUGGAUUUGAGUUUGAGACUUCAUUCGACCCUGGACUGCCUUCGCCGAAGGAGGGCCCCAGAAACCACUUCACUUGACUCAUGAUAAAUACUCAUCUCAUCAUCCAUUCUCCCACGUUCUGUUGAGAGUGAUCAAACGAGUGAAGUUGUCGAGAUCAUCUGGGUUCGUGGGGAUCGUAGUGUCUUCUUGGAAUCGUCGUGAGGAGCCAACCGCGCGAUCGUCAUGACCUUGGACAAUGGGGGCAUGGAAAAGGGCUCCACCAACGGAGAGGUGCCAGGCAGGGCCCGAGCCCGGAAAGGGGCCCUGAAAAAGAAAAACAUCUCAGAGGUGAAGAACCACAAAUUCAUUCCCCGGUUCUUCAAACAUCCCACAUUUUGCUGUCACUGCAAGGAUUUCAUUUGGGGUUUUGGGAAGCAAGGAUAUCAGUGCCAAGUUUGUAGUUUCGUGGUUCACAAGCGAUGUCACGAGUAUGUCAAUUUUGAUUGCCCAGGGGUGGACCAUGGAGCCGAUUCAGACGAUAUGCGAACCACGCACAAAUUCAAACACCACACUUAUGCCAGUCCAACGUUCUGCGAUCAUUGUGGAUCUUUGCUCUAUGGUCUUUUGCACCAAGGUCUAAAAUGUGACGCCUGUGAUAUGAAUGUGCACAAAAAGUGCAAGGAAUCGGUCCCAAACUUGUGCGGAUGCGAUCAUACCGAGCGACGAGGCAGGAUUUACCUCAAGAUCAGAUGCUCCGGCAAUAAACUCGUCUGCGAAGUGGUGGAAGCUAAGAACCUGAUUCCCAUGGAUCCCAAUGGUUUGAGUGAUCCAUACGUGAAAAUCAAGCUCUUGCCCGAUUUGGGUGAGAACCUCAAGAAGAAGACGAAGACCAUCAAGGCCAAUCUCAAUCCUGUGUGGAACGAGACGCUCGCCAUAGACCUGAAACCAGAUGAUAAAGAUCGCAGAUUGCUGGUCGAGGUCUGGGAUUGGGAUCGGACUUCUCGGAACGACUUCAUGGGGUCCAUGUCCUUUGGAAUAUCGGAGAUUAUCAAAAAUCCUCAAGAUGGAUGGUUCAAAUUGCUCACUGAAGAGGAAGGCGAGUUCUACAACGUACCUGUGCCAGCUGAGGGAGAAGAUCUAACAGCCAACUUGAAAAAACUCAGGCGCCACUCGGAGAGCAAACCCGGCGGACUGAUCAAGCACGAUCCCCUGGUACCCCAUAACAUGAAGGGCAAGGACUUGAUUCGGGCCACGGACUUCAAUUUCCUGAUGGUUCUCGGCAAAGGAUCCUUUGGAAAGGUGAUGCUGGCCGAGCGAAAGGGCACCGAUGAAUUGUACGCCAUCAAGAUCCUCAAGAAAGAUAUCAUUAUCCAGGACGAUGACGUGGAAUGCACCAUGGUGGAAAAGAGGGUCUUGGCCCUGGCCCAAAAACCGCCAUUCCUUGUCCAAAUGCAUUCCUGCUUCCAGACCAUGGACCGACUCUACUUCGUCAUGGAGUUUGUCAAUGGCGGCGAUCUCAUGUAUCAAAUUCAACAUUUUGGAAAAUUCAAGGAACCCGUUGCUGUGUUUUAUGCGGCGGAAAUUGCCAUCGGGCUGUUUUAUCUGCAUAGUCAUGGCGUGAUCUACCGAGACCUGAAGCUGGAUAAUGUCUUACUCGACCAGGAUGGUCACAUUAAGAUUGCCGACUUCGGCAUGUGCAAGGAAAAGAUCUUGGGCGACUUAGUUACCAAGACCUUCUGUGGGACGCCGGAUUAUAUUGCCCCUGAGAUCAUCCAUUAUCAACCUUACAACAAAUCCGUUGAUUGGUGGGCUUUUGGUGUGCUACUCUACGAGAUGCUAGUGGGCCAACCUCCCUUCGAUGGAGAGGAUGAGGAAGAACUCUUUGCAGCUAUCACCGAUCACAACGUGUCCUAUCCCAAAGCUCUGUCCAGAGAGGCCAGGGAGCUUUGCAAGGCUUUGUUGACCAAAAACCCGUCAAAGCGUUUGGGCUGUGGAGUCAAGGGCGAAGAGGAUAUCCGGGGCAAUCAAUUCUUCCGACGGAUCGAUUGGGAAAAGAUCGAGAACCGAGAAGUCCAGCCACCUUUCAAACCUAAGAUUCGUCAUCGGAAAGAUGUGAGCAACUUUGAUAAACAGUUCACCUCCGAGAAGACCGAUCUCACUCCCACGGACAAGCUAUUCAUGAUGAAUUUGGACCAGAACGAGUUCGCUGGGUUCUCGUUCCUCAACCCGGAGUUCGUGCAGCAUGUUUAGGAAGAUAGAUGACUUGGCAUUCCAAAUUUUGUCAGUCGUCUCCAUUUAGACCUUCGUUGAAACUCUUCUCUGCAUCUACUUCCAUACGCUCACCCAGGCCUCCUAAUUAAGGCAUUUAAAAGAGAUACUCCCUCAAUGAAAGAAAGAUUUGGGUUGAAAGGAGAGGUUGGGUGAAAAAGCAAGAGAGGUUUGCCUAUUAGUUCAUUCAUGGACUGAUUCUUAUUCCGCCUCCUUAGCCUAACUCCAUGGAACCAUCCAAUUUUCAUAGCUCUAGACUCUGGUUCAGUUCUUGGUUAUGCGUUCUACCAUUUAAGUCACCAUCCAUCCUCGAUAUAAACAUAUGUAAUGCACCCUUUAGUCUAACGUACCCGUCAAGACACGUGACAUCUUCCACAUUUUACUAUGACGUCAUUCGGAGGCAACCACAUGCAGCAUUUCAGGUUGAACUCUUCACUCGUGCCAAAACAAGAUCAGAUUUCUUCCUUUUUCCUCCCCAUAUCUACCUUUUUACUGAUACUUUUAUGGUUCUUGUAUGGUACUAAAGCAUAAUAUUUAGUUAUGCUCUAUAUCUAUUCUACAGUACGGUAGCCGAAACAACCUCGACCCAUCAUUCAGUCCUCUUCCAGUUACAGGACGAUUUCAGCAAAAAAACAUUUCAUCCCGUUUUCCAAUAGCUCUUGGUGUCCAUUUAAGACGAGAAAUUGCAUUUUAGCUCGACCUCCUCCCUCAACCAAAGAAAGUAUGAUGAUGCAACAACUAUGUAAUUUGAUGCUUUUCCCAGAGAAGACAUUGUAUGAUUCAUCCUCCUUUUCCUCCUGCUCCUCCUGAAAAAGGCAUGAAAUAGUAUUCACCUCCCCGCCUGAAAUAUGUCAUUACCAUCUUCAACACUAAUAUAGUUAUUAUCAACAUCAGUAUGCUAAGAACAGACAUUCAUAUUAUGAGAAAGAAAACAGAAAUAAAUUAUUUAAGUACGCCACGG